AUGGCCAUCUAUGUCCUUCAAUAUGAAUAUAUCCUGAGGCAGCGUGUCGGAGCCAAGUUCCCGACUUUCGGCCGGGAGUUCAUCAGGGUGGCAUCGGGGCAGUUCUCACAAGAAGGGAAGAUCACCGAUAAUGAGCCGUGGAUGGAGGAGAUUGGAGACCCAGUGCCAGCGAUCGGCCGGGCUCAGCCGAGCACAGCACAGGCUGGUUGA